AUGACUGCGACGCGUGCGGCGGACACAAAGUACCUGGAUUACUACAACGUCGUCGUCGUCGUCAUCAUCGUUGACGCGGGCCCGGGACUACUCUCGGGAAGAGCGCAGAGCCCGGUCGAGUGUCGCCGGCGCCGGUGUUGCCUCGGGCCAUGCCACCGUGACCUGGGACCAAAGGUGCACAAAAAAAAGCUCGGAGAAGCGGUGAGUGGUGAGACCCUGCCGGCACUGCUUGUAACGAGUCCUUCAAGCAAAGUUGGAAGUGAAGUGGAAGAUCCGGUAGACGCCAUCCCGGAGGAAAGCCGUCCGACGAUCUGGAGAUCCGGACGCAAGCAGGAGGAGCCUGCGUUGAUUUGUGGACAUCCAGAACCCCUCGGUGUUCGUACGCUUCGCGUACAGGCCGGCACAGACGCAUUCGUCCGCCGUAAGCCACCCGACACCCGCGGUAUUCCCCGCGCGGUACAUCAUACCGCCGAGCACGAUCGCUCACGCACGAGGAUCGCCCGCGACACCGUUCCGGUGUGGGAACCGCCCUCGCGACGCCGCCAUUUUGGUCUUCUGACCAACCGUCGCGAGAUAAGACGCCAGCCUCGCCAGCCGUUAUACCAACCAACGCCGGAAACCAGGCAGACCGGUGGAUUCGUCCGCCGUAGUCCCAGAGUCCGUCAACAUACUCGGGAGCGUCGAGGCAGGUGGCGCAGAUGA